AUGCGGAGUUGCAAUACAAAAUUGUGUGAAAAUCACAGAAACAAUCACCCACAAUGUCCCGCCCAAGAAAAAAACCCACAGACCAGCAGCCCACAAGACAAUACAAAGGAUGGGAGCAGCUUCCAUUACUUUCAAGGGAGAUUUGAGCUCUCUGGGAAGAGCAGACAGUAUCCAGCAGAUGCAUUGGAGCCCCAACCUGGUAUUGGAGAUGUUAAGGAUAUUGAAAAAGCAGCAAAGUCUAUGCUAGACCCAGCACACAGAUCUCAUUUUCACCUUGUAACCCCAAGCUUAGUAUUUUUGUGUUUUAUACUCGAUGGAUUACACAAGGCACUACUCAGUGUCGGUGUGAGCAAAAGGUCUAAUAUUGUGAUUGGGAAUGAGAACAAGGAAACAGGUACUCUCUAUGCUAGCAAAUUCAAAGAUGUUUUGCCUACCUUCACUGCCCUUGAGAUGUCAUCAAUUCUCUGUCACUGCUGUGAUCUCCUGAUAGGCAUUGCUGCCGGAUCGAGUGACCCGAUAUGCACCAACAGCCUCCAAGUACAGAGACAAUUCAAGGCAAUGAUGAUAUCCAUUGGAAGACCUCUGCAUAGUGAACGUGCUGAUUUAUUAAUUAGCUAAAAUGCAGGGCCAGCUAUAGAUUGGAUCAACUCAAGACCAUGGGUUGGAGGAUUAAUGUUCACAUUUCUAUUCGGAGAAUUUGAAUCCCCUGCACUCGAGCUACUUGAUCAAGUUAAAGUAGUUGCCAACAAAGCACGGAUGACAACCUACUACACUGUGAGAAUGUUCCUGGAUCAGUGCGUGGAUGGUUCCAUUGUUUUACCCGCUGUUGUGUCCGAGAUUCCAGUUUUUGAGCAGAAGAAAGCACUGGUUAAAAAGGCACUUGGAGAUUUCUUUGAAUUUGGGGAUAUACUUUGCCACCCUGUUAUUGGGGAGCUAUCACCACGAAUAUUCCCAAACUUAGCAACAGCAGCAAACUACUGGGCCAAAAGAAGGAAUCCCACAUUUUCUGGAAAGCCCUCGACUUUUAUACCAGGAUCAACUAUUACAUUCACUCUACUUCAAAUGGCAUCUGCUUGGAAAAUCUCCAGAGGAAGUGACAUAGAUCCAUAUACACUUAACAUCCUUUGCGGUUAUGGGAUUUUGGAAUUUGAAUAA